AUGGCAUCACGAGCAGCCAUCUCUCGAGUCCUUCGACCCGCUUCUUCCUCAGUCAGAGCUUUGUCAAGUGCAUCGGCAACCAGCAAGCUCACAGGACGAAAUGCUUUACUCACCACCCCUAUGGCUAGAGUGACUAGAUCAGAGUCAAAGUACCUCGUAGGAGCAGAGCAGAGGAGGGCAGCAAGCAGUGAUGAAGGUGUCACUCAAAUCACCGUUAGAGAAGCUCUCAACUCAGCAAUGGAGGAGGAGAUGCUCAGAGACGAAUCAGUUUUCAUCAUGGGUGAAGAGGUAGCUAGAUAUAACGGUGCUUACAAAAUCACCAAAGGUUUAUUAGAUAAAUUCGGAGAGGAUCGAGUGAUCGAUACCCCUAUCACUGAAUCUGGUUUCGCUGGUAUGGCAGUCGGUGCUGCUUUAGCUGGUCUUAGACCAGUUUGCGAGUUCAUGACCUGGAAUUUCGCAAUGCAAGCCAUUGACCAAAUCGUAAACUCUGGUGGUAAGACAUAUUACAUGUCAGGUGGAAACGUUCCUUGUCCCGUUACAUUCCGAGGUCCCAACGGUGCUGCUGCAGGUGUUGGAGCUCAACAUUCACAAGAUUAUUGUGCUUGGUACGGAUCUAUCCCAGGUUUGAAAGUUAUCUCCCCUUGGUCAGCUGCCGAUUGUAGGGGUUUAUUAAAGGCUGCCAUCAGAGAUCCCAACCCUGUAUGUUUCCUUGAAAACGAACUUCUUUACGGUGUCUCAUUCCCCGUAACCAAAGAAGAACUUUCAGAAGACUUCUUACUUCCUAUCGGUAAAGCAAAGGUGGAGAAAGAAGGUUCAGACAUCACAGUCGUCGCUCACUCCAAGAUGGUCACUCACUCUCUUGAAGCCGCUGAGAUACUUGAGAAGGAAGAAGGUAUCAAAGUUGAAGUUAUCAACCUUAGAUCUAUCAGACCAUUGGAUAUCGACACGAUCAUCAAAUCCGUCAAGAAGACAAAUCACUUAGUCACUGUUGAAGGUGGUUUCCCUGCCUUCGGUGUCGGUUCUGAGAUCCUCGCUCAAAUUUGCGAGUCACCCGCUUUCGAUUUCCUCGAUGCUCCUCCUGAGCGAGUAACCGGCGCUGACGUCCCUACUCCUUACUCUGAAUCCAUUGAACACAUGGCUUUCCCCGACACCGACCUCAUUGCCAAGGUUCUCAAACGACACCUUUACCGACAAUAG